UUGCCGGCGCAGGCGCCGCAGCGCUCGGCCGGCGCCAUGGCCCGCGGGGUGCUGCUCGGCGUCGUGGCCUGCCUGUGCUUCCUGGCCCCGGCGGCCGAGGCCUUCAAGAGGAGGGGACCCAGCGUGACAGCCAAGGUGUUCUUUGAUGUGAAGAUUGGAGACAAAGAUGUUGGCAGAAUUGUAAUUGGAUUGUUUGGAAAAGUUGUCCCAAAGACCGUGGAGAACUUCAUUGCGUUGGCGACUGGAGAAAGAGGAUAUGGAUACAAAGGAAGUAAAUUUCAUCGUGUGAUCAAAGACUUCAUGAUUCAAGGAGGAGACUUUACAGCUGGAGAUGGAUCAGGAGGAAGAAGCAUCUAUGGAGAAAAGUUUCCUGAUGAGAACUUCAAGCUCAAACACUAUGGAAUUGGAUGGGUUAGCAUGGCUAAUUCUGGCCCAGACACCAAUGGAUCCCAAUUCUUCAUCAGUGUGACAAAGCCUUCCUGGUUAGAUGGAAAACAUGUAGUAUUUGGCAAAGUCCUUGAUGGAAUGUCUGUGGUGCACUCGAUAGAACUCCAGCCAACAGAUGAACAUGACCGGCCCCUUCAAGACUGUGUGAUUGUGAACAGUGGCAAAAUAGCUGUAAAGGAACCAUUUGUAGUUGAAGUUGGUGACUGGUGAGACCAACAGUCAGAAUGAAAAGUAAAUCUUAAAUAACUUUCCUUUAA